AUGGUUAUUGUGGCUGGUGAUGAAGAUCGAGGAAAGACAUCAUCGGGUCAGGAUGAUCACUCCGGUGUAUUGCUUGCACUUCAGAAGUAUCAGGCAAGACGUAAACAAAUUGAAGAGGAGGAAGCACGGAGGCGUCGGGAAGGCCUUUUAUCAGAUGAAGAAGACGCUAGCAUGGAUGAUGUCUUCAUUCCUGCUAGACUACGGAAGAAAGAAAAGAUGCAUCGAACAGCUCUGUUAAAACAAGUAUUGCAUGCAAAAGGUGGUGCUCCAAACGUGGACACAGAAAAGGAAGAUUUGGAGUUUUUGGAGAGGAAACGACGGAAGAAAGAGGAGGAAAGGAAAGCAGAAGAAGCGAAAAAAUCACUUCUCGAAAAACAUAAUGAGCUUUUGGAAGCAGAUAUUGGCGACAGAGAUUCAGAAAAAAGGAAACAAGAGGAGGAGCAGAAACUGCUGGAAAGUGUCGCGCCUGGAACAGCUCUCAUGGCUGUCGCUGAAAUUGCUAGAGGUGUCAAGUAUGAAGAAUCAAUUAAGACAAGUUGGCGUCCACCCCGCCAUAUAUUAGCGGUGAGCGAUAAGGAGCAUGUAGCAAUUCGCCGGAAGAAAGGAAUUUUAGUGGACGGUGAUAGUGUACCUCCUCCGAUUGGAAGUUUCAUUGAAAUGAAAUUUCCUCCUCCAGUUAUCAAAGCUUUACGAGAUAAAAAGAUCAUUUGUCCAACUGUUAUCCAAAUGCAAGGAAUACCAGUUGCACUUUCAGGACGCGAUAUGAUAGGUAUAGCUUCAACUGGUUCUGGUAAAACUUUGACAUUUGCAUUACCGUUGAUUAUGUUUUGCUUGGAGCAGGAAGUAUCUCUACCAUUCCGACAUGGCGAAGGGCCAUAUGGUUUGAUCAUUGUACCUUCGCGUGAGCUAGCAAAGCAGAUUCAUGACGUCAUCGAAAAGUUGUUUGAGAAUAUUUGCGAUGACACGAAAUUUCCCAGACUUCGAGUUGGUCUGUGCAUUGGUGGGUUACCAAUUAGUGAGCAGGCAAGAGUUUUUGAAAGAGGUGUUCAUGUAUGUGUUGCAACACCUGGUCGUUUAUCAGACUUAUUAAGCAAAAAAAUUUUCAAUUUACAAGUCUGCCGGUAUUUGGUAUUGGAUGAAGCAGACAGGAUGCUUGAUAUGGGUUUUGAAGAGGAAAUACGGACUAUAUUUUCAUUCUUCAAGGGUCAGCGGCAAACUUUGCUCUUCUCAGCUACAAUGCCUCGUAAAAUACAGAACUUUGCUCGAUCAGCUCUGGUUCGUGCUGUGAUUGUAAAUGUUGGACGUGCUGGUGCCGCAUCACUGAACGUUGUUCAGGAAAUUGAAUAUGUUCGAGCUGAUGAGAAACUUACUAGGAUACUGGAUUGUUUGCAGAAAACAGCUCCAAGAGUUUUAAUAUUUGCGGAGAAAAAGAAUGAUGUGGACAAUAUUUAUGAAUAUUUAUUGGUAAAAGGAAUUGACGUGGCUUCCUUGCAUGGCGGGAAAGACCAAAAGGAUCGUUAUACUGGGGUCGAUGCCUUCAGGAGAGGCGAAAAAGAUGUUCUGGUAGCAACUGAUGUUGCUUCGAAGGGUUUGGAUUUUGAAAAUAUCCAGCACGUAAUCAAUUUCGAUAUGCCUGAAGAUAUUGAAAAUUACGUGCAUCGCAUUGGUCGUACAGGACGUUCUGGCCGGAAAGGGAUGGCGACAACUUUCAUAAAUAGAAGAGCAGAUAUGUCUGUAUUGCAAGAUUUACGAGCUUUACUGCUCGAAGCUGGUCAAGAGCUGCCUUUAUUCCUUCGAGAUAUGGGUGGUCCGGAAUUAGAGCCACCUAGUGAUUCUACAAACGCUGACGACAAAGGCUGUGCAUAUUGCUCCGGGCUGGGUCAUCGUAUCACAAAUUGUCCGAAAUUAGAAAAUGUUCAGACAAAGACGGCAGCUUAUCUUUCUCGUCCAGAUUAUGGAGGCGAAGAAAUUUGA